AUGCCAUAUUAUAUACAAAGAUUGUAUAGGCUAUGCAACACGUCUUUUUCACCCAAUGGACCCGUGUCUGAAGAAGCCAUUUCAAAAGUUCGCGAGAAGUUAGAAAAAAUGAAGCCAUCAGAUGUAGGUCUUGAGCAAGAGGCACAAGUGGUUCGCAAUUGGAACGGUCAAAUGCCUGAGACCAAUGGGAACCAUCAACCACCGCCGAUCAAAUACUUACAUUUACAUGAAUGUGACAGCUUCUCUAUUGGAAUUUUUUGCAUGCCCCCUUCAUCUGUCAUUCCUCUCCACAAUCAUCCUGGAAUGACGGUCCUAAGCAAGCUCAUAUAUGGUACGGUGCAUGUUAAAUCCUAUGACUGGAUCGAUUUCCCUGGCCCAGCUGAUCCAACUGAAGCUAGAGCUGCAAAGCUUGUGAAAGAUAAAGACAUGACAGCACCGACUUUAACAACAGUUCUUUAUCCUACCGUCGGAGGAAACAUUCAUUGUUUCAAGGCCAUCACUCCUUGCGCAAUCUUCGACAUAUUAUCUCCACCUUAUUCUCCAGAACAUGAACGACACUGCUCUUACUUCCAACAAUCCCAAAGGAAUAAUCUUCCAGGUAAUGUUGAGGUUGAUGGAGUUACAUUUUCUGAUGUGACAUGGCUUGAAGAGUUUCAACCUUCUGAGGAGUUUGCAAUAAGAAGAGGACUAUACAAGGGUCCAGUUAUUAGAACAUAUUAA